AUGGACGGGAGCAACCAGACGGGCGUAUCCGGAUUCGUCCUGCUGGGCCUGUCCAGCGAUCCGGGGACGCAGCGGCUCCUCUUUGUGGUCUUCCUGGGGCUGUAUCUGGUCGCGGUGCUGGGGAACCUGCUCAUCGUCCUGGCCGUCGGCUCAGACCCACGCCUCCACUCGCCCAUGUACUUCUUCUUGGCCAACCUGUCCCUGGUGGACGUGGGUGCCACCUCAGCCACCGUCCCCAGGAUGCUGGCCGACCUCCGGACCCAGAGCCCAACCAUCUCCUACGCUGGCUGCCUGGCCCAGCUCUAUUUCUUCCUUCUGUUCACGGACCUGGAGAAUUUCCUUCUCACGGUGAUGGCGUAUGACCGGUUGGUGGCCAUCUGCCGCCCACUGCACUACUGCACGGUGAUGAGCCGCCGGCACUGCGGCCUGCUGCUGGCCGCCUGCUGGAUCACCACGCACCUCUACGCCCUGGCGCGCACCGUGCUGGUCGACCGGCUGCCCUUCUGCGGGUCCCAUCAGAUCGCUCAUUUCUACUGCGACCUCAACCCCAUCCUGCGGCUGUCCUGCACCCGACCCUGGGCCAACCAGGCUGUGCUGUGGUACUGGAGAGGGGCUCUGAUCUCCCUGCCCACCUUGCUCAUCCUGGGCUCCUACGCCCGCAUCGUGGCCACCGUCCUGAGGGUCCCCUCGGCCGGGGGAAAGCGCAGGGCCUUCUCCACCUGUGGCUCGCACCUGGCUGUGGUCUUGCUGUUCUACGGGACGGUCAUCGGCGUGUACCUCUUUCCCUCUGGGGCCGGCUCGGCGGAGAAGGCCCGAAUCGCCGCGGCGGCGCUGUACACGACGGUCACCCCACUGCUGAACCCCUUCAUCUAUAGCUUGCGCAACCGCGACCUACAUCGCGCCCUGCGCUCGCUCGGCCCCCGGAGAACCUCCUCGCAGUGA